UAGCACUGGUACCGGUUUCAUUCCUACCGCUUGCAUAGUGCCACGCCUACAUCGAAAACAGCAACACCCGCAACACCUAUUUUGUUAGCAGCACACAUGUGAGAGAAAAUUAUUGGUUUGUUGUUUGUUUUGGUUGCCUGGCGAAGUGGUCUGUGACCUGUGACUCUUUUCUCAAUACAUACUUUCUUCUGGAAAUUAAUCAAAUUCGAACAAGCCAUGCCUUUCAUGAAAGGAAUCGCUCCAAUCAGGAGAACUGUGCAAUAUCUGCAGUCUGGAAAGUUAUCUUUGAAAGACAGGGUCCAGGUUUUUUCUGUUCAUUACAACAGAUUAGGAGAAAAUCACCAGGGUGCAAGGGAUUUCGUUUUCUGGAAUUUGCCUCAAGUUCAGUAUCAAAAUCCUCAAGUCCAAGUUGUUACGUUCAAGAACAUGACACCAACUCCCUUCAUCCGUUGUUAUUUAGAUAGUGGAGAUGAUGUUUUGAUAGAUGUAGAUAACAAAUCAAAAGAAGAGAUCGAGAGCCACCUUAAAUUAGUCAUUUGUAAAUCAGAUGAGCUUCUUGCAAAAGAGGCCAUCGCACAAGAGAAGAAGGACAAUGAAGCUAACUUUGGCUACGGCUGUCAACGACACUGCAUUUGCGAAAUGCCAGGGCAGGUUCCUUGCUCGGCGGUUUGUCCACUACCGAAUCACAUGCGGGGGAAGCUGAGAUUUGCCACAGAUUAAUUACUCCAACAAAGACUUGCUUAGCUUGUAGUCCGUGGAAUAAAAAAGGUCAGAAUUAAUAUUAAAACAA